CUAGGUGUCUCUUAUCAAGUUGUUUUAUGAAUGGAUGGUUAUAUGGAAAUGAUCCCAGUGAUACUACUCUAUAUUACCCUUGAAUGUAUUAAAGCAUCUACCAUGUGUUCCCAAGUCAUCACUCUGGAUUGUGAUACGCAAUAUGCUGCAAAUGAAGCUGAAGAAGUUUGUGGAACAAAUGGAAUCUCAUAUCACAAUUUCUGUUAUUAUGCACAGGCAAAAUGUAAUUAUACUGGAUUAGAUAUUCACAACGUAGGGCCUUGUUUAGACGACACAAAAACUACUGCAGCAGACUUAUCUGGUUCCCCUACCAUCAAUAUAUCAAAUCAUCAAUCGACAACCAAGAACCCCGUGACAACAACUAAAGCCCCGGCUGCGGAUCAGGAUCCCAUUCAACAUCUAUUUUGUACCGGAGUUUCAGCCGGAACUAUAGCAUGUCCUGACGAACUGGAUCCGUAUUGUGGUACAGAUGGAAUAUUUUAUUUAAAUAACUGUUGUUUUGCAAAAGCCAAGUGUCUUGAAGACUCUUUAUCAAAACAACCAUUAGAUCAGUGUAAAGGAAAGAUUCCUAGUGGAAGGAAAUAAUCUAUAUAAAAAAGAGGGUG